GGCGAACAUCACACCUUCCCAAUGGCAAGCCAUGCUGGAUACAGCGGACGAGAGCCAGAAACCAUUCUUUCAAAAACUGUAUGAUGAUGCUGUGCAGAGGGAAAGGGAGGCAGCGGCAGCAGCUAGAGCUGCCGACAUUGCUGAUCAGGUGGCUCUCCUCCGGAUCUCGGAAGCCAAUGCUGACCGGUUCCGGGAGGAACUAGCUACUGCUGUAGCAGCCUUGGUCCGACUACGGACCUUGGAAGACUUUGAGUCUCGUAUGACAGCACUUGAGCAGCGGAACGAAGAGCUGCAGGCUAAGGUAAUUAGCCUUGAACAGUCCCAGCUGUCUGCCUCCCGCCCUCCUAACCCUCGAUCUGCUGUAAUCCCAGUCUCUCAGCCCAGCACAACCCUCGUUCCAAGGGCCAGCGGAACUGCGGUAAGUGUAGGAACCGGUGCAAGCUCCUCAAGCGGCAGCACCGGUAGUUCUGCACUGAUCGCAGUCCCAAGUGCAGGGACUUCAGCCCAAAAUGCCACAGUCCUUACUGGCGUUCAGUACAGCGGUCCCAUGGUGGACAAGCGGGCGGCCACGCUGCCGUCCAAGUACGACGGGAAGGCUGACAUCACCUCUUGGAUUAGUUCCAUGCGGUCAUACUUCGAGGUCAUGCGGACACCGCAAGAGGACCAAAGUAUGAUCAUGGGAACUAAUACCGAGCCUGCCGUACGAAACCACAUUGAGCUCCAAGCUGUUGCUGCAGGCUAUGCACGCAUAGACCUGACUGAUUGGCUGAAGGUCACCCCUGUUCGCACCCUUGAGGAUCUUCUCCUUGACCGGUAUCAGGAUAAACAUGUUGCGCUCAAGGCUAGACUGAAGCUUGAGGCCCUCAAGGGCCAAACAUGGAGGUCAUCCAUUGUGUCAGGAGGCAACGGGGUUCGUGUGAAGAGGGCAGGAUCGGUCAGCAGGGAAGAGGACAAGAGGUGGACUAUUGGGAUGACGGACGAGGGUGAGUCAGGGAGGGGAAGUGGAAUGUGUUCUGGUUUUCCACCUAAUGGACGCAAGUGUUAUAAGUGUGGAGAGGGUGGGCAUUUUAUUCGGGAAUGCGCCGAAUUCUGGCAGGCGAAGGCACUCGGUCGGGCCUUUGUCCCGAAUACACAGACUACGAGCAUGGCGCGUACAGGGAGAGCUCCCUUGGGCGUGGGUCCUGGGAUUGCUGGCCGUCGAAGCAGAUCAGCCAAGAGUGGCAGUGAGAGAAGUGAAGGUGUUGACAAUACAAACGUUUUGAUGCGUGAGUAUUUUGUCCAAAUGGCAGAAGAACGGAGAGCGAGGAUCGAGAGGGAGGCAGAAGAUGACAGGAGACGUCGAGAGGAAGAAGCUUGGAUUAGCAAGGAAAACAGGAGGAUGAUGAAGCAAGAAGCUAGGAGAAAACGAGAGGAUGAGAGGGACGCGAGACUGCUGCGGAUUAUUCGAGGAGAAAUUAAGAAAGAGAGCGACGAAGAAGAACGAGCCUUUUUGAAAGGGAAACGUCCGGUGAAGAGUCGGAGUGACGCGAUUGAAGCGGAGAAGGAGAGACUGCGCUGGCGAAUAGCUAAGGCUGCUACCGAAGAUACUGAGGGAUCGGAUGACGAAGAGCUGAUCGCACUGAGGAAACAAGCGGCCAAGUUGGAGCUGAGCGAGAAGCGGAAGCGGGGCCCUGAUUUACCGAUAGGUAAUAGCCCGCCGAUAGUUACUCCGGAGAAGCGAACGAAUACGAAGUUGUUGGCAGAAUCUAAGAAGAGGAUCGAGCAAAUCAAGGGGGACCAAUCGUGUGAGGUAGGAGGGACUAGCACUCCAGCCAAGAUCGACCUAUCAUUGAAGCAUAUCACUGCUUCAUGCGGCGUGGGUGGGAAGGAGAAGUUUGAGCAGGAGUGUUUUGACUUCUAUGACGCACUGAAUAUCGAUGAGCUGAAAGAAGCGUGUAGACGGGAGAAGGUAACAUACGGAAACAGGGAGAUGGCAAUCAAGCACCUGAUUACACGCCGGUCAACAACAGCGCAUGAUCCAGCUAUUUUACCUCUCCCAGCAACUCCGGGAGUGACGACAAGAAGUGCAAAGGGAAUCACCAUCAAGGAUGAGAACAGAUCGGAGAGCUCAGUGUCUUCCGACAGUGACGAUGAUUCAGUGUGAGGUGUUGGUGGUUGUGGCAACUACGAUGUAGUAGCAGAAAAACUUAGGAGGCGCAGGGCUAGUAAUCAAGGUAGUAAGGACGA